UACAAAACUAAUUAAUUGUUACGAUAAGCAUGAAGAGUCGUAGCAGUCUUGACUACUAAAACACAGACCAUUUCUGCAUUCACACGCUGAAGAGAUGUACUUGCAUGUUCGUAUGUAAGAUGAAUAGGAAGAAAAUCUGUAAAGAGAGCGAGUGAAGAGAUCCAGACGUGUGUACAAAGGAAUCAAAUCGAAAAAAAAAAACAAAAUGGAGAAGAAGAAGAAGGUGGGGCCAAAAAGACUCCAAGGCAAAGUGGCGAUCGUGACGGCAUCGACGCAAGGGAUAGGCUUCGGUAUCGUUGAACGGCUCGGACUUGAAGGCGCUUCUGUCGUCGUCUCUUCUCGAAAACAGAAAAAUGUGGAUGAGGCAGUAGAGAAGCUUAAAGCUCAAGAGAUUGAUGCAGUUGGAAUCGUUUGUCAUGUCUCUAAUGCUCAACAUCGCCUGAAUCUUGUCCAAAAGACAAUUCAAAGAUAUGGGAAGAAGAUAGAUAUUGUUGUAUGUAAUGCCGCUGUUAAUCCAUCUACUGACCCAAUCUUAUCCACCCAAGAAUCUGCUCUUGACAAGCUUUGGGAAGUCAAUGUCAAAUCAUCUAUUCUUCUCCUCCAGGAUAUGGCUCCUCACUUACAGAAGGGUUCUUCGGUUAUCUUCAUAACCUCCAUUGCUGCGUUUCAACCGCAAGUACCAACGGCAAUGUAUGGAGUUACCAAAACAGCUCUUCUCGGACUAACCAAGGCACUUGCUGCUGAGAUGGGACCGGACACAAGAGUGAACGCUGUAGCGCCUGGUGUUGUGCCAACACACUUUGCCUCUUUCAUCACCCGGAACUCUGAAGUGAGAAGAGCCAGUGAGGAGAAAACACUGCUCAACAGGCUGGGAACAACAGAGGACAUGGCCGCUGCAACAGCUUUCUUGGCCUCUGAUGAUGCUGCUUACAUCACUGGAGAAACUUUAGUGGUCGCCGGAGGAAUGCCCUCCAGGCUCUGAAUCAAAAUCCCCCACUAUUUCUUGUGGGGUUUCUGAGUCUUUCUAGACUGUUUCAUAUGCAGAACCAAUCUUGUGGUCUCAUGGAAUUGAUGACAAGACUGUACUCCAGCUCUUCCUUUUCUUCAACAAGCUGGUGUUACUUGCGGAGUCAUGGAUCAAACAACGGAUGCAGAGUUUUCCUCCUUCGUAAAAGAUUAUCUUUGAACUUUUUUUAGAAGCUUUUGAGGGUUUGUCCAAGUACUUCAGUUGUCUAUUUUUCUUUUAGUUUUAAAUGGGUCUUAAGAAGAUUGUGUAAGCUAGAUUGAACAUAAGGAAAUUUGAUCAAUUAUCAACACAAUCUAAAUUAAAAUUUUACAGCAA